AUGGCUGCCUCCGCUGACAGUCAGGUCUUCCGGGCCACCACCACCGCCCCCGUCAACAUCGCCGUCAUCAAGUACUGGGGCAAGCGCGAUGCUGUUCUCAACCUUCCUACCAACUCCUCUCUCUCCGUCACCCUUUCGCAGCGUUCCCUCCGCACGCUCACCACCGCUUCCUGCGCUCCUUUCUACCCCGCCAAGGACGAGCUCACCCUGAACGGCAAGCCCCAAGACAUCCAAUCCUCUAAGCGUACACUUGCUUGUCUGGCCAGCCUGCGCGCCCACCGUCGCGAGCUCGAGGAUGCAAACCCCUCGUUGCCCAAGCUGUCCAGCUUCCCUCUUCGCAUUGUUUCCGAGAACAACUUCCCCACCGCCGCCGGUCUCGCCAGUUCGGCUGCCGGGUUUGCGGCCCUCGUUCGUGCCGUGGCAGACCUUUACCAGCUGCCCCAGUCGCCCCGUGAUCUGAGCCGCAUCGCUCGUCAGGGCUCUGGUUCCGCCUGCCGUUCUCUGAUGGGUGGUUAUGUCGCCUGGCGCGCUGGAUCCUUGGAGGAUGGAAGCGACAGUUUGGCAGAGGAGGUUGCGCCGCAGUCUCACUGGCCUGAAAUGCGUGCCCUCAUCCUGGUUGUCAGUGCCGCAAAGAAGGAUGUCCCCAGCACUGAGGGUAUGCAGACGACCGUCGCUACCUCGAACCUUUUUGCUACCCGCGCGAGCACUGUUGUUCCGGAGCGGAUGGCUGCCAUCGAGACCGCCAUCCAGAACCGCGAUUUCCCCGCCUUCGCAGAGAUCACGAUGCGCGACUCCAACAGCUUCCACGCCACUUGCUUGGACUCCUGGCCUCCGAUCUUCUACAUGAACGACGUCUCUCGCGCUGCCGUCAGACUCGUCCAUGAUAUUAACCGCGCAAUCGGCCGGACCGUCUGCGCGUACACCUACGAUGCGGGCCCGAACGCUGUCAUCUACUACCUUGAGAAGGAUACCGAGCUUGUUGCCGGUACCGUCAAGGCUAUCCUUGGUGAGAAGACGGAGGGCUGGGAAGGUCCCUUCUACACGCCUCUGAAGGACGUUACCACCCCCGGCGUGUCCCUGGAUGAGAUCGACCCCCGCACCGUGGAGUCGCUCAAGGAUGGCGUGAGCCGUGUGAUCUUGACCGGUGUUGGCGAGGGCCCCAUCUCAGUGGACCAGCAUCUUGUCAGUGAGAAGGGCGAUAUUCUUUCUGCCUAG